AUGAUUUGAUUGAAUUUCUGAGUUUGAAAAUUAGUAAUGAUAUUAGAAACUAAUGAGAAAAUUUUAAUUUUCCAUCAUUACUGGUAGCAAUUACAAAACGAAUUCAAUGAGAACGUCUAUAAAUGACAUGCCAUAAGAGCGAUUUUGAAGUCGCAAACAUCACAAUGCUUCUAAAAUGUUGUCUCAUUUUGAUUAUUUUUCUUAAAAACAUUUCAUGUGACGACAUGGCACCCGAGGCAAAAACGACAAAUAUCAAGAAACCUUUAGAUAGUAUGAACAAUCCACUGACAAACAGAGUCAAACUAACCAAUGACACAGGAAGGUAUCUUAAUGAGUACAACGUUGUGACCAAUGAUCAGUACAUAUUAAAGGUAUUUAGGCUGACUUAUGAAAAUUACGAAGUAAUGUCUGAAAAGUACCCGGUGCUACUGGUACACGGUUUGUUUCAAUCUUCGGACAGAUUUCUGCAGCAACGAGAUAAUCAGUCUUUGGCCUUCAAACUUCAAGAUUUCGGAUAUGAUGUAUGGCUGGCUAACUUUCGAGGCAACAAAUAUGGCCGAAGACACACAUCCUUCGGAGCAGAAACUAAAGAUAAAGCAAUAUUUUUCAACUACUCCUACGAGGAAAUCGCUGUACAGGACAUUGCCGCUACUGUAGAUUUCAUUCUCGAUAAUACUAAGCAAGAAAAGAUACAUUACAUCGGCUAUUCAUUGGGAGGGACCAUCUUUUUGGUACUUAAUUCUAUGAAGCAAGAAUACAAUAAUAAAUUUGACACAGCGCAUCUCUUGGCUCCAUUUGGGUACCAAAACUAUUUUCCUAAUAAAGAUCUCGAAGUUGAGGCCAGUCGCUGUGACGAAAUAUAUGAAAAACUUUUAAAUGUUAGCACUCUGGAAAUAUUUCCAUAUGAGCUUUCCAGUACAGACAUUCUCUUUUCGGCAGAACAAUGCUUUGGCAAUGAUACUUAUCGAAAUAUAUGCAAUUUAUUGAAAAUUAAUGAAGCCAUGGGCAUACAAAGUCAAGGCAAUAAAAUAAAUGAAACGAGGGGUGGAUCUAUCAAACAGAUAGUGCAUUUAGCACAAAAUGUUAAAUCUAAAAGAUUCAGUCGAUGGGAUUACGGAGAAAAAGAAAAUGAAGACCAUUACGGAACCAAAGAACCACCUAAAUAUAAUUUAAGUCUCAUUACUGUUGAAACUAAGAUAAUUUUUGCACCGUACGAUGAAUACGUGAGUCCAAAAGAUAUUGCUGACAUGGCAGCAAAUAUGGUUAAUGCUACAACAAGAGAAAUAGGUAGGCAAGGUAUUGCUGAUAUGCCUCCAAAUAUAAGUAAUGCUACAACAAGAGAAGCACCUGGGAAAGAUAUUACUUAUAUGCCCACGAAUAUGGGUAAUGCCACAUCAAGAAAAGUAGAAAUUGAAGAUAUUUCUGGUAUUACUACAGAUACAGUUGACGCUCAAACAAGAGAUGUAGGCAGGAGUGGUAUUACAGAUAUGCCUACAAAUAUGAGCAGUGCUACACCGAGAGAAGUUACUAGUAUGACUACGGAAGACAUUGACUCUACAACAGUAGAAGUAAGUGAGAAAGGUAUUACGGAUAUGCCUACAGAUAUAGAUAAUGCUAAAUCACGAAUAGUAGAAAUUGAAGACGUUACUGGUAUGACUAGUAUAGGUGACGCUGCAACGAGAAAAGUAGGUAGGGAAGGUAAUGCGGAUGUGCCUACGCAUAUGAGUUAUGCUAUAUUGAAAGAAGUAACAAAUGAAGAUGUUACAGACAUGACGACAAAUACAGUUGAGGCUACAACAAUAGGAGAAAGAAGGAGAGAUUUCAAACACCAUGACUUCAUUGAUGCCCCAGACGUGAUGGAACUUGUAUAUGAUAACAUCAUUAAUGACUUGGAGAAGAGAUCAAAACACAAUGUUUCAAUGGGAAAGCAAAAUAUAAUAAAAUUAAGCGACGACAAGACGAAUACCAACGAAGAAGAAACAGAAGACCAACAAGUCAAAGAAAAAUUGCGGACAACAAACUGGCUGAUAGUAGCUUUGAUUCCAGGCCUCAUUCUCUUCUCACUGUUACUUUUCAUGUGUUUUGUAAGAUCAAUUGAUUUCAAUUGUCAUAUGGAAAUGUAAGUUGCGAAAUACAUAUUUAGAAUCCU